AUGUUUUCCGUCGUAAAGUGGGUUUUCAACAAGAAGAAUUACAGCGGGGACAUCAACCAGCUCCCUGACGAUAUACUUCUUGCCACCUUUGAACUAUGUGUCAAAGAUGCCUUGGAAAUCUUCGUCAAUGCUCCCCUCAAUGCAAAGCCACCCUUCGUGCCACCCUUUUUCUCUAUCUCUCAAGUCUGUCGCACCUGGCGUUCCCUCUACUAUUCAUUUCCCAGCCUAUCUCAGGUCAUCGAGAUACCAGCGUAUCCACAGUGGACAAGGCGGGAGGCAGAACGUGUUCAGCAUGCACUCCGGCUCUGCUCCAACAAGAUGGAGGAUCAGAUCCGCCUUCGACAAGGAAGGAUUAUCCUAGAUAUCACUGAUACCGGAAAUGCCGCUCGGGUAGAUGCAAAGUUUCCUCCAGGCAUCGACGCCUCCGAGGAAGUCGACGUCUAUCUUCUCCUACGAGAUGUCGACAAUACAAAGCCGUUGCCACUGCAUUUCACCAAAAGGCUAUUCCCGCUACGGCAAAUUCUUCGUCUGUGUGAUGAGGGCGGGAGCAUCAGACAUGUCACUGUGCAUUGGCCGAAAAGAGGACAAAUCCCCAAGAGCGUUGCUGCGGCUAUCAGCCAACUUUCUCCCAGAGUAUUAACCCUUGUCAAUGUCACUCCAUAUUAUCAUCCCACAGAAAUCGACGGUUCAACCAUCACCACCCUUCACCUAGACCUCAUACCUACGCAGAGUGGUAUGGACCUAGAGACAGUAUUAUGGCCAAAUAUUAAGGACCUUAGAAUAUACUCGCGGAAAAUCGACACCAGAUUCAGUUUGCAAGAGUACUACCACGGCCCAUCAGAAUAUAUCACCAUGUCCAAUAUAACAACGUUGGGUAUUACACCAUUGCACGAUUUCCUCGUCGCCAAGCUUAAACUUCCAGCUCUGGAAACCGUCAUAUUCUUCCCAGCGACGGGGCGCCUUAACUUUGGGAACUCUGACGAGCGGCAAACUUUGCGCCUCCAAAUGCUCCUUCAGAGUGCAACGACCAUCCCGAGUCCAUCUCAUCUUCUCCUACUUUCAGAUGUCAACAUUUUCGAUAGUAGUUCGCCCUCGAGCGUCUCGCCAUGGCUCAGGUCUGCCGCACGAACGCUCACUGGCCACGCCAUGUCGCGAGGUUUUGCAUUUCUCUGCAAGACAUUCAAUCCACAAGGCAUUAUAUUUCUUGGAAACGUCAUCUCUGGAGGGCAUCUUUCUCGCGAAACCGAGCUCGAAUCAUUGACAGACAGGUUCUUCGAUGUUUUUCGUAAGCCCUCAGUAUCGGAAGACACGCCAAUAUGGCACCUUAUUGGGAAUCACGAUGUCGGCUUAGGCUACCCGACACCAUAUUCACGCCGUGCUCGACAGAGAUUUAUAGAAGCCAUGAACACUGGAUCUCCUUCCUUCGUCGCUGCUAAUCGUGCCGUUGACUUUGGAAAUCAUACCUUCUUUCUCCUCGAUGCUCCUGGGUUCGUCGAUGAAGACUAUAUUCGAAUCAAAGCCCAAAAGAGACUUGGAUCGCAUGCGUCUGUGGAAAGCUUUCGUCGACCGACCGCUCAAGGAAUUCGCGGGAGUGUCAACGACGCGGACUUCUGGGCUCCACAGCGGAACGGUGUCAUGGAGUAUGUUCAUAAAUUGACACAAAGGAGAAUGGACAAUGUUCACUCUUUCCCGCUCAUCCUUUUCUCCCAUAUCCCACUGGCAAGACCCGACGAUGCGCGUUGUGGGGGCCGCCGCCCUGGAAUUCGGAAGGGAGUCGGACUCGGCUAUCAGAACAUGCUCAGUGAAGCUGGUUCAGAGUGGAUCCUGGGGAAUCUGAAGCCAGAGGUCAUCUUCAGCGCCAAUCAUCUCGAUCACUGCGAAUAUGUGCACAGCUACCUCGCCGACAUUGACGCACCUCUCUCGUCACCCCUGAGAGUGGCCGUAGACAGACCACUCAAUGAGUCGUUCAUCGGAAACUCAAAUCACGAGCGCAAUAUCAUACGCAAAGCCAAAGAAAUCACUGUCACUACGUUUUCACCGUUCUUUAUGGGCGUACGAAGACCGGGAUUCCAGCUCCUCAGUCUGUGGAAUCCAAUACAAGACACGGCAGUUCCGCAUAGACACUCGCCAGUAGACUAUCGCCUUGCCCAAGUGAACGAUCUACCAACGUUUUCCGAACGGCCUUGCCUCCUUCCCGACCUUUACAUGGUCUAUUUCUACAUUUACCCUGUGUCCAUCCUACUAACCCUUUUACUUCUCAUAAUAGUGAACCUUCGAGCCGUUCACAUCCCACGGGGGACACGGCCAAGACUCCCUCGCAAUCCUGUCGGAAGCAAUGUAGACUGGUCGAAAAUGCUUUCUGCCCUUGGUUUCUAUCAGCCUCCCAAGGUCGAGUCACCUAAGAUCUACGAGGUAAUCGAGGAAGAAGACGAAGGAGAGCUAUACGACUCACAAGCAACGAUCCGGCCUUUCACACCACGAACACCCAAGCCAGCGAUAUCCCAAUCCGACACUGCUACCUCGUCGCAACUGUACGUGCCCACCUCUCAAACGAGUUCUCCGCUGUCGAGCCUUCUCCCGAGCCAAGUUCUCCCAGCAACUCUUGACGAUUCUGAAGAAGACGAGGAGAAAGGAACGGUACUCGGUGUUUCGAACAAGCGGAAAUCUACAGGCAAUAACAAUCAGACGGCGGUUUCCCGGUGGCAUCGUACAGUGACCACACUGGCUGGAAGGGCCUGGUACAUUGUCACUGGAAGAGGUGAGAGUCGUCGUGAGAGGGAGAAGAGAAUGGAAAGAGAGCAGCAUGGUCGUCUAAAUCACCCAGGGUGGAAAUACGUAGGCGACCAUCGUUUCGACCUCACGCAACGCGCUCGUGCGGUCUCCAUCAAGAGAAUUUUGCAAGUCUUGAAGCGAGUAGCAAAGGCGUUCAUACUCGGACGAGCUGGCAAUGGAUCUUUCGCAUCUAGGUUGUUUCGCGAUUGCAUGAUGGUCACCUUGCCGUCAUUCUUGUUCUUUUUCUUGCUCAAUUCGUGGCUCCGAUAUUGA